AGGGCAGUGGCAAUUGGGGUGGGUGGGAGCAGAGGGGCGGACAGGGUUUGAGCCCCGGGGUGACACAGGCAACAGAUCGAGAGAAAAAGAGAUCCCGGCCACAGCCAUCACCGUUAAUAACACCGACUCCCCCCGACAGUGCGGCGCUCCCUCGGCACCGACCCCCCCCGCCCCCCACGACAGUGCGGCGCUGCCUGUUUUAGUUUGCAUACGUACGGACCUGAGUGUUGAUAGUCAAAAGUAAUAUAGCAGGGCAAGAAUUACUAACCACCAUCUUCCUCUGUGUGCACUGUUGGUGAAGAAAUUUUAAUUGUUCAUUAACUGACCUAUCAUUAUCUGAGGCCCAAUUCCCGGCUUUCCCGUCCCCCUCACCCCAGCCAUUCUGCCUCCCCCAAUUCCUGCGAAUAGCUUUAACAUCUUCCUACAUUAUCUCAUUUUAAAAAUGUUUCUGUAGUGCUUUAAGUCUGUGAAUCUCAACAACAUACAGUUUGACGCUAAUUGCAAGCCAUAGAAAACCGUGCUCCAACUGUGUAGGGAUCUGCUGAGGGUGUAUUCCAAGCACAAGAGUCCAGUUAUUGUUCUGACCCACCUCAAGCGUGGAUACCAUUCCACGCGAUCCCUCUUAGACCUUGGACCCAGUUUGGCCACAGGGACUAUUCCACUUGGAUCGACCUCAAGCGCAAGUUCUGGUUCCCACUUGAACCCAUCUCAGGCAAAAGGUCUGUCACAAUGCUCAGAGGACUGUAAAACAAGUGUUCUAAAAGGGUUUAAGUGAGCAAGAACAUCCAAAUUAUUCAGUGCCAAUGCAGCAACACAGGCGACAGCCAGAAUUAGUGGAAGGAAAUCUUCCUGUCUUUGUAUUUCCAACAGAAUUGAUAUUUUAUGCAGAUGAUCAAUCAUCACACAAACAAGUGUUAACUCUGUACAAUCCGUAUGAGUUUGCCUUAAUAUUCAAAGUCUUAUGUACAGCCCCAAACAAAUAUGUUGUUGUUGAUGCUGCAGGUGCGGUGAAGCCUCAGUGCUGUGUCGACAUUGUCAUUCGCCAUCGAGAUGUACGGCCUUGCCACUAUGGAAUCAUAGACAAGUUUCGGCUGCAAGUGUCCGAACAGAGCCAACGGAAAGCACUAGGUAAAAAAGAGGUGAUUUCUGUUCUCCUCCCCUCAACAAAGGAACAACAACAGAAAGAGGAGGAAGACAAACGCAUCAAAGAGCACCUUGCAGAAGCUGUGUUUUUUGAACAGACCUCAUUCCAGCAGGAAUCCAGAACUGCCUCUUCAGGACCGAGUUUACUUACAGUCUUCCUGGGAAUCAUCUGUAUCAUAGCAUUAAUGUUACCAACACUUGGGGAAGCUGAAUCUCUGGUGCCUGUCUACCUCCACUUAAGUGUCAAUCAGAAAUUAGUCGCUGCUUAUGUUUUAGGUCUUGUGACCAUGGUUAUCCUUCGAACAUGAACAGAAGUGAAGGACACCCAGCAUGAACUGAUGCAGUUGUUAAUCCAGGUACAUGCUGCUUCCCUGUGGUGCUGCAUUACCUUUUCCAGAACAUGAAGGCCUCCAGCAGGAGCACUUGUUGUAAACAGCAUGGAUUUAUCAGAACUUUGUGUAUUUUAAUGUUUACGCAAGACCUUCAGCUGUAAAAUUGCAAUUGCCUUGUCACAAAACACCACAUCAAUAAGCUUCCUUUGUUUUAAUUGCUCUGUAAAUGUUUAGAUAAAUAGUUUCAUGUGUGUAACUUUUAUUAUAUAGACAUUUGUCACUUUUUAAUCCUUGUCCAGCUUUGCUAUGCAAUCAUGUUGCUGCAUCUCAGGUGAGAUCCUGAGGAAAAUCCAGUGAGUACCUACAGUAUGUGGAAAUUCUGCCAGAGGUUGGCUUUACCCUGUGAAGUGUACUGUUAUGACACUGACUUAAGAACAGGCUCUUCAGCACAAAAGCAGUGUCUGCUGUAGUGACAAUGGGUACGCACCAUAACUUUAACCUGUUUCUUUUCUUUACGGAUUUUCGUGCAUCUGCUUCGUAACUCUUGAAUUUUGUUUUUAUUUCAACAAGUGCACUUGUCAAACUUCAAUUAGGAUGGUGAUCACGUUUCUACUUUAAUCCAACAUGUCAGUUUUGUCUCUGUGGUACAACUGUCUCUUCAGAGGUCAUGGAUUCAAGCCCAUGUUUCAGAGGCUUGAGCACAUAAUUCAGGGUGACCCUCCCAGUGCAGAACUGAGGCAAAGAGGCAGCACAUAGGGCGUGGUGCACUGUCAGGAGGGUCAAUACUGAGGGAAUGGAGGACUUUCAGAGGGUCAGUGCUGAGAGCACACAGUCUAAAGGGUCUCUUUCAUUCAGAAUAUUAAAUUGCCUCAUGAGGUGGGAUAAAAAUUUUGUGUGACACUUUUUCAAAUAGAGUAUGGGAGUUUUUCCCAGUGUCCAGGCUAUUAGUUCUUGAAUUAACCCAACCAAAAGAAAUUAUCUGGUCAUUUUUUUGCAGGAUUUUGAACUGUACAGUUAUUGGCUGCCAUGAUUCCUACAUUGCACCAUUGUCAGCACUUCAAAAUUAUUUCAUUAGUCAAAGUCCAAUGUGAUGUUUCAGUUUGGAAGCAUACUGUCUGCAUUGAAUGACUAACAGAUUAACACAGUAGGCAAUGGUUCCUCACCAUACAAGUGGAAACAGUGGGUUUUAAAGGGAACAUUAAUUUUACUUCUAGUCUGUUGCAAUAGUUCCAAAUUAUCUAGCUGAUUAGGUUUAAUGUACAUUAAGUUUUGUGAAAGCCAGUACUAUGUAUAAAAUUAAUACUGUAUACCUGCUAAUAGCUGUAAUAGAAGCCAUUCUGAAAGACUUGGUUGCUGAUACGUCUGUGUCAGUGAUUGUAUUUAGAGGUUCUGGAUUAUGGCAUGGGGUGCCUUCCAAGUUGGUAAAGCUCAGCAAUGACCUGGGAUCAGGGCUAAGCUUGCUGAAGGGGUCAUCCAUUUCGCUCUAGUUCCUGGGAUUAUAUGGAGAUAUCUGUGAAUGGCAUUCAGAUUGACUAAUGCUACCUGAAGAGGGUACAAAGUUGGAUCUAGUGCCCUUUUUUUCCACAUGGAGUAAUUCUUUAACUUAGAUUUAACACUGGGCAGUGGUCCAACUCAGCUACAGAAAUCAGCUGGAAUUAACUUCAGUUUCUGUGGAGUUUAAACAAAGGGAAUAAUUGGCUUCUGUACUAGAAACUGUGAUACCUUCACAGUCAAAUAGCAUGUCAGUUUCAAUGCCUGGACAUUCAAAGUUUAGCUGUUAGUUUGUGAUGCAUGGAGGUUGGUUAAUGCUUCCACUAGGAUUAUGCUGUUGUGAUCAGUGCAUCAAAUGAAACAAAAUAACAAGGAGUAAUAGAUGAAAUUGGUAGUUUAUAACUCACUCAGCAGUGGGCUGAGGGCAAGAAAUUGAUGGCGCAUCGUGCAGGAGCUCCUGUCAACCUCUGGCUGUCUUGCUCAGAGAUGAGUAAUCGUUGAACUGUGUCAAACAGAAAUUACCCAACUGCCAAGGCUGCUCCACACACAAAAGUGUAUUUUUAAAAAAUUGUUUUAAACAAUUGUCAGGUCUUCUGCAAAGCAACUUAUUAAAAUUUGGAAUUACUGAAUGUGUGUUAAAUUGUGUUUAAACUGUUAUGAAUACAGCAAGCAGAUGGUGAACACUUAGUGUCAGGAAUUAGCCUAUGGGGCAAACUACUAGUAGUGAGGUGUUUCCCCUGUGAGCACUCAUGGACGAGUGAAAUGUACUGUGUAAACCAACAUUUGCAGGUCAUUUAUGUUUUUGCAAAAAAAGUACCAGUAUGACAAUUUGUAAAUGUUUACAUCAUGAUUUAUACAAUUUAUUUAAACAUUUUAAUAAAGUUAUUUUUGAGAACAGA